UCUCUUGAAGACAACAUAAGCAAAUGUCGGUCCUCCGACUUGGCCGUUCCUUGUUCCGCUCGCUUUUAAAGCGACUUCCGGAUUUAAAAGGUAGGUUUUUAUACUAUCUUUUACAACCAAGCUUAUUUGCUUCAAGUGUGUUGUUUUGUAGAAUACGUCAUAAUCUUGUGAGACAGCACAUUUGCGACGUAAGUAGUGUUUCCACCUACAAUAAAAGAGUGUCUCUCAACAAAUUGAAUUUGCAGUUUGUGCAGUGUUUCAAUGCAGAUCAAACGCUACUCCUCCCGUUCAAUUUGAGUUCCAAUGUAGAUCGUCCAGUCUUUAUACGCUAUCUUAACAGAAAAAAAGACUAGCUAGUAUUGAAUUACAUUUAAAUUGCUAGCUAACCGAUAGACUAGUUCAGGUACAUUGUAUCAAAACACCGCAUGCAAUAUUAUCACAUAAUAUACCUGUCAACUUUUCCAAAGGCAAAUACAUGUGAUUUUACGUAUUUUUAUUACCUAAAGUUCCGAAAAACUCCAACCACCUCGAGGGCUGUCAACCCCCCACGAAUUCAAAUAUUGAGAAUUGAUGGGGAAGGGACGGUAAAUGACAUCAUAACAUAAGGCACGAUGCAUCAUUUGUGCAUAAAAUACUCUCUGAUCAUCAUGAAUGUUAAAAAAGGAAAAUAGCUCAAACGAUACAAAAUAGUUGAAAUUUUAUAGUCAGAAAGUCGAGUCUACUGAAGAAAUGGCAAACUUCAGCGAUUAUCCAGGAGAUUUCAUUUUCAAAUCUGGAGACCGGGAGAUACCCUCCAAAAUCUGGGAUCUCCUGGAUUAAGUGGGAGAGUUGACAUCACCUCACUUCUGGACUGUGCAGAAUGCUUGCUGACAACAUUACUGAAGAUUCCUGAAGAUGUGUUAAUGAUUUCCAAAGAUUGCCACACGUAGGGGUGCAAAUCUUGGCAUCAUCUUGCUGAGAUUAAGCGCUUUUGCCAAGGUUGUACAUGUUACAGGUCAAAUUUGAUUUCAGGUUAAAUUUUUUUAACCUAGGUUGAUUCUUUAUUUCCUUUGCCUCCUAGCCCUAAUUAUUCAUGAAUUAGGGUUAGGAAACAAAGAAAAUCGAGAAUCAACCGAGGUUAAAUCAAAAUUAACCCAAAAUCAAAUUUGACCUGUAAUAUACAUUUCUUGGCGAGAUACAAUGUAACCUAUUUACUCGUUUUUCACUGGUUACUGAACAAGUUGUCUUGAAUUGUCAGUUGUGCAUGCAAAAUUGUCUUGUAUGCAUGUGAUCGACGUUUUUGAUCUUCAGGCAUAUGACACGUAACAAUGCAAGUUGGCAGGUAUAAUAUUUGUGGUACCCGAUUUUCUGGUGGGAGUUGAGGUUUGUACUGGGGACUUUUUUAGCCUGGAAGGCUCUUUCGCACACCCAAUGAAAAAGUAUUGUAUGAUUUUCACAAUAACGGAGUACACUUAACUGUGUCACUUUGAUAAAAAAAACGUACAUUAUCUAAUGAUCAUGUUGAUGUGCCACUAUGAGCCUCAGUAUGAUUGCAAGACUUGCUGUUAGAGGUAAUUAAGAACAAAAGCACUUUUGUCCACUCGGAACUGAGCUCUAUUGUGGUGCAAAAAAAUUGUAAUUGGAUUGGCCACCAACAUAGCCACUUGCAAACCAAACCAAGAAUGCUACCAAAUACAUACUUUAACCUGCAAGAUUGUCCAUUUCUUCUUAAUAUUAUUGCUCAAGUUAAACAAUUUAAUGGAACUGAACUUAUUUCUAAGCAUCAGGCAGAGCUCCUGUGAAGCCAGGCCUUGGCAAUUAUGGUGAAGUUCGAGAAAGUAGUAGCACUGCAGGUGUUCUCAGCACCCAGCCAUUGCUGAAUAAUGCCACUGUACUUUCAAGGCAUGUGUGGAAUGGGCUUACUUCUAGAGCAGGAUUCCUGGCAAAUACACAGGCAGCUCAGUUACGACGUAAGUGUUUUCGUUACUCUUAAGGAGAUUCCUCUAAAAUGGAACCUGCCAUGAGAUUUUGUCAAACUUUGCCAAUUGGUUGUUUAUGUUGUAGAAACUUAAAUUUUAAAAUAAAAUCUGGGUGUCCCCAUACUCAUUUUGGAGCAGGAGCAACUUGUUUAUACACACUGACUCCUUAUAAUACCAAUAAGAUUAUACUUACAAGUACAUGCUUUGAUCACAUUUCUGACUAUUACUCAUUUCAUUUUGUGCAGUGGGAAUUAGUCUAUUUUUUCCAGAGAUAGAAGUCGUUACUGCUCAAAUAAAUGAUGUCACCACACUUGUUUAAGAGAAAUGGAAGAUUUACCCCUCUGAAGAGCUCCAUCUUUAAGGCAAAAGCUGGCAUGUUUCAUUGUGUACAUGCUAAUCAUAAAUCAAAUUGUGCACAAGAACAAUGUGCAACGCAAUAAUAAAGAAAAUAUAACUUUCCUAUACACAUCUUUUAUUUGCUAAACUAUACCCUGCAUGUACAUGUACUUGUUGUAGAAUAACCUUUACGUUGUUCAUGUAUACCUCUAUGACUUUUGGUAUCUACAUUGUACGGUCAUGUUAAUGGUCUUGACAGGGUACCUUUGUAAAGUUUGAUACAAAAAUGUUUGCCCAAAGUUGAAAAAAGUAUUUUUACAAAAAUAUACAAAUAUUUAUUUUAUUGACAGGGAUGGCAGCUUCACGACUUCUGAGGGUUUGUGGCCCUAGAGCUCCUAUGUUUGCCUUCCUUGGGUUUGCAUAUGCUGGUAAGAUUUUACUCAAGCUCUUUACAAUGUCAUAUUUCACAGCUACGGCUACAGAAUUUCACCUAAGUGUCAAGGGAAAAAAAUGACUUAACGGUAUACCAGAUACUCCUUCUUCCAUGUUAUUGGUCAGUAAGAAUCCUCAAAAACUUCAGUAAAUAUCAAACUGCUGAGCAGGCAUAACACACUAAAACCUUGUGUUCUAAAACUAACAAAUGGCAAGCACAAGAAUCUCAAAGUUCACAGGAACACCACUAUUUCCUUUGCGACAACGACUGUUGGAGAUACUGUCAAAAUAAAAAUAUGGAAAAGGAAGCUGGAAAGGGUAUGAAUCUCUUCGACACCCUGGGGUUGAGUUCGAAGUUCUUACAGUCUGUGACUGAAAUGUAUUUUACUUGCAUUGUUAUAUAUAGGUUGCAAUGUGAAGCCUCCAAAAGAUGUGCAUGAAAAAGAGCAGUUUAAAAAUCUACGCCAGUGGGUUCAAGAAGCUUUGGGUAGUGCAAAUAUAGCUGCACAGGUUAGUCUUACUCUGUGGUCACUUCAAAUGUUACAUGAACCAUUGUUACAUUCAUUAAAAAUAUUUUCACAUAAAUUUUGUUCUUGGAAGCUUUUAAUAAGUAAACAUAUGAUAGUAGUUCUCAAAUCUCCAUGUGCAACCACCUUCCAUAAUAAUAAACAUUACUGACCAGCUAUGAACCUUUUGUAAGUGGCCACAAGGCAUCCUGUGGUCUGAUUUCUAUGUUGUGCUGUUUAUUCUUGUUUUAUGCCACUCUGAGUAAAAACAGCACUUUGCUACUGAAGGAAUGUCACAACUUAGAAAAUUAAUGCAAUAAAUUCUCUUCUGAAAAUACAUGUGUCAAGAACUCUUCUCAUUGCUGGAUCCACUCCUAUACAUGACCACCAGCUCUUUGCACUUUGGGCUGGUCGCUGCUGGGAAGUUUGACUGUCGGAGAAAAAUUUAUAGUUUUGAUAGUUUGAAUUAUUGUAGUGACUGGAGUGCCCAUAGUGAAGAGGUCAAGUUUACAUGACACAUGUAAAUAUCUGCUGCUACUGGGUUUGGCAUGGAUGUUAUAGAUCACGACUAAAGCUGAACAGGUGUAUAUUGUAGGUAUAUUUCUAGAACUAAAUGAAGUGCCGAGUGCAUUUAACCCUUUAAGUCCCAAUAGUGCUCAAAAUCAAUUUUCUCCUAACGAUAUCCAUAGACUAUCAUGAGCAAAAUCUAUGAGAAUUAACAAAAUGAUCACAAAGAGAAAAAUAUUUGAUCUUUUACCAAAUUCGCUCAACUAAUUCUUCAAGGAAAUGUAUGGAGAUGAGUUUGGACAAUUUGUAUAUGGAUUUUGGGGCUUAAAGGGUUAAUAUAGGGAAGUGCCUGCUUUAAGUGUGUUGCUGUAUUACAUAUCUGCAUUCAAGAAAGUUCACGGAUCAUUCUUACUUUUAUUCAUACCUUUUUCAAAGAAUCAAGAAGAAGUUGAACAUCCAGCUCUCUCUCAGCUUAAGCUAAAGGACUACGAGCUCGGUGAAAGGCUUGGAGAAGGGUCUUCAAAUGGUGCAGUUUAUGCAGCUAAAUAUAAUGAACAUGACGUAAGUAAAUAUUUUGUAAUGAAUUGUUUACAUACUUCUAUCAAAUUCUUCCUCUUGGCCAGCAGUUUUGUAAGCUUCUUGACUGUUCUUAGAUGCAUAUGUUGUAGUUAAUUCUUUAUUUCAGUUAAUUUUUAUUUUUCCAUUGUUUUUGGAUAUGGUAGUGUAUCCUAAUGAAUUUUAAACAGAGGAAAAACAAAAAUUAAGUGAAAUAAAAAAAUUAACUGCAAUGCAUAUACAUGUACCUAUUAUGCACACCAGCAUAUGUUAUUAGGGAUAAGGAAACAGUGAUGAUGUCUAUUGUGUUGAUAUGUUAUAAAGAGUUACUAUUACAUGAAUUUUAUGGGGCUGCAUUCUCACAGUAAAAUGCAUAAUUGUAAUGUCCCUUAACCCUUUAAGUCCCAAUAUCCACAUACAAAUUCUCCAAACUGAUCUCCAUACAUUUCCUUGAAGAAUUAGUUGAGCGAAUUUGGUAAAAUAUCAAAUAUUUUUCUCUUUGUGAUCAUUUUGUUAAUUCUCAUAGACUUUGCUCAUGAUAGUCUAUGGAUAUCAUUAAGAGAAAAUUGAUUUUGAGCACUAUUGGGACUUAAAGGGUUAAGGGAAAACAGUGUUACUUAGCUACCGUCAAUUUGUAUUCACUUAACAGUAUGCUGUCAAGAUGCUGUUUAACUUUGGGGCAAGUUCCACGAGUAGCUCACUGCACAAGGUGAGUUGUAUUGGUUACAGUUAGGCUAAGUACGUCCAAAAACAAUUGCCUCUGAUGACUCUAAGCCACUACCAUGUGCGUGGAAACCCAUUAAGGGGCCUCUGCUGGGUACAAAGUAGCUUGCACUCCAGAUUAAAUUUACAGUAAAGAACUUCUGCGCAGUAGUGCACAACUCCUUGUACUAGACUCAAAACAAAGUAGCAGGCUUUUAGAAGUUACCUGUGGUUGGGCUUUUCACAACAGUAUUGUUUAUUUGUGUUACAUUAUGCUCUUACUGGGUAAGAAAAUUGCCCAAAAGAGUGACCAGAGAGAAAGUGAAAAGCUGAUAACUUAAGAGAUUAAAUGUUACAGUAGUACACACUUUUGUAUGCCAAAUUCUCACCAGCACAAUACUGGUGAAAGUAGAAGAGAAAUAAUAGGUACCGGUAAUAGAGAGAUUUAAAGUCACAUUUACAUGUACGGCAAACAGCAAAAUGAUAGAUUCAAGUUGAGAAAUUCUAGAAAUAGAAAACGAGCUGAUAAAAACAGCUCAAAAUAAUUCUUAUGGAUGAUAAUGGUCUUAAACUACUAAUUUCUGUGUACUAGAGGUAAUGAAGAGCUAACAGCAAGCAAAAACGGAAAACUUGGUCACAUGUUUGCUGAAAAUAUGACUCUAUAAUUCUCUCCAUUGUCUCCCAGUGGCAAAACACUUAAUACUUACAAGGAAUGUUUAAAUUCAGCAAAAUAAGGUUAUUAAUAAUUUACAAUAUUGGAAAGGGUUGCCCCUCUUACACUUGCCUCGCCAGUUAAGGUUGGGUUGGGAGGAGGAGUAGUUCGUUGUUCUGCAAGCUGUAAUCUUCAGCCAUAACUAGAUAGUUGUGCAGUUAUGACACAUUGUAGGUGGGGCCAUAUUUCUGGUAAAUGUUCAAAUGGGCACUGUUUUUGUAGAUGUUUGCCAAAGAGUCCCAGGUUCUUUCCGUGGAAAAACAGCAACACACUUCGGGAAGAGGUAAAUGUUACUUAUUUUCUGGGCAGAUGUUAUUGUAUUAUUGAUGUAGUUCAUGUCAGUGAGUGAAAGACAGGGGCACCCAAGGAGAAUAUAGUUCAAAACCACUUAAACAUAGCACUGUUAAACGUAUUUUAGUAUUUAAACGGUAGAUAUAGGCAUAUUUUCAUCCCCUAAAAAUUUUUCAUCUGUUCGGAUUUCCUAGCUGAAAGCCUAGUGAUCCGAAAAUUAUAGGGAACAAAACUUAACUUUUCGAAAAUUUCAGCCAGAAAAAAGGCUCCCGAAAAUUCUAGGUGACCUUUUUGGGGUAAAAAUCUGUUAAAAAUAGCCAGUUAUACCAUUUUUUUGAUGUUCGAAAAUCAUAGGAGAGGCAGGCAAGCAAGAAAUUAGAUCUAGAUCUAAAAUCGUCUUACGAACAGAUAUUCUUCUGAAAAUUGUCGUUGGGUGCCCCUGGAAAGACACUAUUAGUGAGUUUACAGACAGGCAAGGCCAUGGCAGGCCCUAUGCAUGGCAUAUGUGUUUGUGUAACACUAAGUUGGGUGCCUUGUGAAAAUACCAAAUACCAUGCUAAAUUUUGUUUAAAUGCAAGCUAAAUUCCAAAUUAAGUUUCUGGCAUAUUGUGGGAAGAAAUAUGGUGCUCCAGACUUGUUAAUAUCACAUUUUAUGUGAACAAGUCCCAAGUCUACAGUAAACAUCCAAAAAUUUUAACAAUGACUACCAAUAAACCUAAAAAGAAAAGAGUCCGUACAGGAUUUUGUUACAAACUCUUCAGGGAUGGUGUGGCCAAUGCAAAAUUUGUUUAGCAAGUAAUGCACUUUUUUUUCCCUGACAGUAGUUCUGACAUUCUUUUUCAAAUUGUGACUUCUGCCACCUAAAGUGAAUGUUUAGUAGUAGUGCAUGUUCAUUUUAAUCUAAUGGUCACCCUAUUAAACAGAAACAUUUUUCCUGUAGGUCCAUCAUUCACAAGCCUGCCACCCCAUCCUAACAUCAUGCAUGUCCUGGGAUCCUUUUGUGAUGAUGUUCCCCUUCUACCUGAUGCCACACGUAGCUAUCCUGCAGCAUUACCUUCAAAAUAUGGUGAUGGGGGGUUUUCUAGAAAUCGUACAAAGUUUCUUGUCAUGCCAAGGUCAGUAAAACAUGUAAUUAAAGGAUAAUAUACAUUAGCAUUCACCAAAUCAGUGGAUAGCAGUUUUCGCGCAUUCUGAUUGGCUCCCGUAACUCGGAAUAUCCUUGGCUGUUCACUGUUUUGCGACUAGAGCUAAGAUGGUGUCUCGUUUCGAGACAUUUUCGAAAGGCAAAAUUUGAGCGAUAAAUGAAGCUUUCGUACUAACAAAUAACAAGAAAGUGACAAACUUUGGCUUCUCAGUGUUUACUGAGAAUGUAAUGAAACUUUGAAAUAGUGGAUAAAAUAUACUUUGAGGUAAUAAUCAAAAACAAACUGGAGGUAUAUAGUCAUCUCUGUUACAGGUAAAAUUUGAUUUUAGGUUAACUCUCGUUUUCAAGUUAAUUUACAUAUAUCCUAGGUUGAUUCUCAAUUUCCUUUGAAACUGAGAAUCUACCUGAAAUUGUUCAUGCAACUACACUGUAGUAUCUAACAAUGCAAUGUGCAAAUCUUUUGUCAGGCCUUGAUUUUUGUAACUGAUAUGUAAUUCUGAGAUUUUAGAGAAUUAUGCUUGUGCAUGUAAAUUGUAGAUAUUCAUAGCUAAAGUUCUUGAUAUACCAUGAGCCAUGAGCCGUUUGAAAUUGCAGCAUUGCUUUUUUGGAACAUGUAUUAUAAUGGGAUCGUACAUCGUACGGUUUUUAAUAGUCAAGAUUCCUGGCAUCCCAUAAAAUGACUUCCAGUCAUGUUCUUUUGUUCCAGGUACAACAGAACUGUUCAUGAGUACACUGCAUCAGAUGUAACACAAGACCCACGAGUAGCCACCUUACUAUUGAUUCAGCUUUUAGAAGGCAUAACACACCUAACCAGAUAUGGAGUUGCACACAGAGACCUCAAGACUGAUAACUUACUCUUGGAUGAAAGCACUAGUGACUUGUGCCCGCACCUGGUUAUUGCUGACUUUGGUUGUUGCCUUGCUGAUCAACAAUGGGGACUGACACUACCAUUUAUCACAGAGGAAAUUGAUCGGGGCGGAAACAGUGCCCUUAUGGCUCCAGAGGUAUUUUUUUGUUGUUGUUUUUUGUUGUGGUUGUUAUUUGUUUGUUUGUUUCAUUAGGCAGUGCUUCUUUUUGAAGAAUAAUAUUUUAUAAUAAUAUUUUUUUUAUUAUUAUUUUUACUGCCAAUUUCCUACUCUGUUUUUUCUCUUUGACCUCUACAGUGGCAGAUCCAGACCAAGAUAAGGAGGGGGGGUCAUCCAGACCCUGAGAUAAAGGGGGGGGCAGUCUCCAAAAAAAAUAUUUUCGGCCCUUUGGGCCUCAGUUUGGUCUAAAAAUAAGGGGGGGCACAGGUCACCCGGGUCCCUCCCCUGGAUCCGCCACUGCUCUACUCUAAAAUGGCAUUUGUGUUUUUGCAGAUUGCCACUGCUGUCCCUGGCGAGCAUGCUGUCCUUGACUACACUAAAUCUGAUGGUAAGCUUCCAAUGAUGAUCCUGCACAAAUGAGAUGUUUAUUUGUUUAGCUUGUUCCGGGCUCCAAGAUAGUAUGUGCAGUUAUCAUGAUAACUGGUGCAAAAAACACUUACCUCCCUUUUCCCAAAUAAGGCAAAUCAUAUUUUGAACUCUUGACUGUAUUUUCACCAUGUCCCUACCAACUGACAUCCAGGAACAGGCUAAUAUUUGUAAUGAGUAACAAGUAGAACAAAUUUAACCUCUUAUGAGUAAAAUCAGCACUCAGUUGUUAUACUGACUUCAGUGUGUGACAGAGAGGACACUCUGCUUCUUAAAAAAAUUAAUAUACCAGUACAUGAGUGGCAAUUGUUAUGUUCAGGACCUGAAGAGGGGACAGACAUCCAGUAUAAUUUUGUUUUGAAUGACUAAGUGGCUUCAGUCAUUUUUCACUACCUGAUUUUUUGCAACAAGCCUGGUCAGCUGCCAACUCAAUAAGGCAUCGCAGGGUGCAUCAGAAUACUGUCUGAUAGCCCAGGUCUAGUGAAGUGACCUAUCUGGCUAGCAUGUUUUUGAUUUUGAGUUGUCUGAUGGGCAAGCACCAUUUGCCAAGAUGACAAAUGUUAAUGAAAUAAGGGUUGGUACAUAGGCCUGCUCUAAGCUAGUAAAAUUCAGAACGGCAAGUGAUUUUUUAAUUUUCAUCCUCACAAUGAAUCUGUUCUUCUUGAAUUCAAUUUCGAUGCAGAAUGGUAUUAAAAAAUAUUCUCUUCUCUAUUAGCAUGGGCGGCUGGAGCCAUCAGUUAUGAACUCUUUGGUAGAAACAAUCCUUUUGGUAAGAAUGUAUUGAACAGCGGGAACUACAAAGAUGAACAACUUCCCCCACUUAGCCAGUAAGUAAAAUGUAAACAACGGUAGUUAUGAUCUAGUAAUCUUCAUCUCCUACUGUGGCUUUUUUUGCCUUCUGUUGGCUGACUACCUUUAUAACAACAGCUUUUCAGGGAGCAGUUCUUUCACUUUAUUAUAGUAAAAAAUGAUGUGCACUGUAGAUACAAUGCAAGCUGUAAAUCUACCACCCCUUGCUGAAUAACUUCAAUUCUACAGUUUAGGUCCCUUAGUAGAAUGGCUCGCUUAGCAUAAAUGAUGUGUCUGGUCAUUGGUAAUGUCCUCACACCCACCCCCUCCCAAACCAGCUGAAUUGAUUUCUGCUCUAUCUUAUGCACUUGUCAGGGCCCCAGCAGGGGUGGCGACAGUAGUGUCUCUUCUCCUCAAAAGAGACCCUUCUGAGAGGAUAUCUGCUGACAAAGCAGUGACAAUGCUAGCCUUGGUGUUAUGGGCCCCUGCUUCCUGGUUACAAGGCAAAUGCGUCUCAGCUGUUGAUGUUGAUAGGUGAGUACCACUGGAUAAUUUCAUCUCCAUUGAUUGACCGUAGUUAUUAUUUUUACUUUAAACCAAUCAAGGUAUUGGAAGGUAGGUGCUGUGAUGGUUGCGAAAGAGGAGAGCAGCAAUCUCCUCAGCAGUCAGGAGGUAACCAUAGCAAUGCAGGAACCAUAUAGUUUGAGAAACGAGUGUGAACCCAACGACACAAAUAUGGGAGGGAGGGGACAAUCAGAAAGCAUACCAGCAACCGUUGGUCCGACGCAUAAUCGAAUCACAUUUACCCUGCCCGACCCUUUCCCCCACCCUCCACCCACACACACACACACCCAUACCGGUAACAAGAGUCUUUUUGACGGCCUAAAUUAUCAUAUAAUGUCCGUUCCUUGUGCAAUUUAGGUGGCUUAUAAGCCAGAUGCUUGUCGGGAAAAGAACGUGUCCAGUUGAGGAUAAGGUCAGUUUUUUUAAACCUGUAAAAAACCCUAUCUCAAAAUAGUCAUUAGUACGUCCUUAUAUUUGGUAAAAACAAACUUGCCCAGGGAGAUGUGCCCUAAAGUACCCGGAUGUACAACAACGAAAGGCAUCCCCGCCCUUUUAUUAUCGGAGUUUUCGCCUCCGCCGCCAUCACCAGGAACUGUUAUGAUUCCUGGUUCCAGUUAGGGCUCCAAGUUUCAGGUGUAAGUUAUUACUACGAUACCCUUUUUUCCCAUUAGAUUAUGCGCCGAUUCUUGUGUCGUAUCACGGAAGAAGAAGUCUUGGACGCUCUUGAACUGUUGAACGUGUACGUGGAACAAACCAGUAACUUAGCUGCAGUAGGGUAAUUCGGAAGUAAACAGGAUUUCACAAUGUAAAGAUAUCAGAUGUAGAAAAGUGGAUUCGAUUGUUUUCAGAAAUGGUAAAGGUUUCUCAUUAGUGCAAAUAGGCGAAUGUAUAGGAAAGACUUCUCGCGACUUCUUAACUCAGAAAAGGGAGGCAAGUUUAGUAGCCUGUAAGCAGGCUGGCUUGUUUAGGGUAGCGUGAGACCCGCCAGCGCGAGCGAGGAGAAUGUGGUAAGGGAAAGUGUCCUUGCCCCAUUUUUUCCCGCCAGCGCGAUACCCUAAACAAACAAGCGAGCCCUUCUUGCUCGCAGGCUGUAGGAAAGGAAUAUAGAAUAGCACAUAAUGCUUGAAUUACAAAGUCCUCCACGGUCGGUAGCCACGGUUAGAGUCAGCAAAUGCAAAUGCGCUUACAGUAAGCGGAGUUGUAACAUGGACAAGCACGUGAUUCCACUGUACAGUUUAGUUAUGAAAAAGUUUUAAUUUGAAACAUAGAACAGGGGACGUUAUUACCAAGAUAAGUAGCAUGGAUCCUACUCGUCCAUUGUUCAAGUAGAGGUAAUUAUAAUAUUAAAUCUUGCAUUACGGCUGAGGAAGA